AUGGACCUCUUUGCGGUUGCGAAUCGGUCGACGAUGUCGCGGCAAUCCAGUGCCACAGCGCACACUCGUCGCUCCUCUGUGUCGGGUGCAACGAGCCGUUCCGCACCGCGCGUUCAGCAGCGACAGGGUGCCACUGAAUUGUUAGAAACAACGCCAGAGGAAGACAAGCGUCUCUUUGUGCGCUGCGUCGAGCAGGUGCAGCGGCAACUGAAGCCAAGUAUUAAUUCCCCGAGCACGCUCCACACGCUGGCGUCGUACUACACACGGGAGGAGCCAUACGUGGAGGGACGACCCUUUUGUGUCUCGCUCAGCUACGCGACGUUUCUCUUUCACAUGCAAAUGGCCAGAGUGAGCGAGAGUGAUGUUCAGCUGUAUGUUCAAUUAAUUAACGGGGUGCUGGCACAGAUCUCUGAUGAUGCUCGUAUGACGCACCCCUUUGUGCUUCGAGUGUUGCGAGACGCCGUUUUUGGUCUGCCCUCCCCAACGUGCGUUGGUGGGGCGCACUGCGUGGCGCUUAUGCCGCCGCUGCAGUACCGCGCCUUUGCGUAUCUUGCGACCUCGCUUGUGGAUCUCGGGGCCGUGCCGGUGGAGAUUCUCUACCAGUGGCAGGACAAACUGGAGGCGCUGUGCAACGCCUCCUCGCCGCUGGUGGCAAAUCGAGCGCUCACGCUUAUUGUGCGCACCGCCGGCACCAUCCGCAUGGAUGAGCAGGUUGCGGCGCUGCAUUAUGUUCUGAAGACCAAACCACGCAAGAUGAAUGUGGACUUUUUGUUGGCCUGCUAUGAGCGACUUAAGCGGGCCGUGCCGGAACCCGUUAGGGGACCUGCGUACGGCCGAGCCCUUUCCAUUCACUGCAGCGAGCUCUUUCUUCGCUUCCGUUCACCCAUUCGUCGGGAGUACGUGGAACGCUUUCUUUACCCAAGUCUAAGCGGACCCGAUAUGCAGUCCCUCGUGCAAAUCCCCGCGACCCGGCAGCAUCUCUGCGGGGAGCUGCUCCGGCAAUGUACGCCCGGGAUGAGUCCCUCCAAUCCGUACUACCUUUGCCUCUGCGCUAUCAUGCAGUGGGCCUUUGAGGACGAGAUAGACGGUGCCGUGGAGAUGGUAGAGCUUAUUAACUGCCAGAUGCCCCAUGCGGCCUAUUUUGCGGCGACACUGGCCGUUGAUACACGCAUGUCUGUGGCCAUGUUUGCCAAAACCAUAAUUGCGCUUGUGCGCGGUGCGGGACUUGCCAUGACGGGGCGAGACGUCGCCGACGAUGUCGCCACCGCUCUGCAGAAUCGUACAAGUGUGUACAGUGUGCUGUUUCUGCUGCGUGAGGUGGUGCGGAGCUGCUCCAUCACGGCGUCGCGACGUGCAACGGAUAUGCACAAGGCGCUUCACAUUGCAGUACCGGAAAAAACGGUGGAGGCGCUUGGAAAGCUUGCCAUGGAGGCGUUUGACGACCUCACGGAGGCCACCGUGGACCCUCAGCUGAUCUGUGCGGAGCUGGCUAUGGUGCUGCAUCAGCUGCACAUUGAUGAGGCGAUGGAUGCCGCAGUGGCGCACCUGCGCGAUGUGACCGCGCUAUGCAUCUUUUGCGGCUUGGGCCGCGGUGCCUCGCCCGUGUGCAGCGUAAACGGCACAAUGCACAUGACGGGGCAGGCCUCCGUGGGACGGGUUCUGACGACGCUCGCCGAGUGCGCUGGGAUGGCGUCGGUGGAGGGGAAACUCAUCCAGCUACUGCGUGAUCCGGCAACGCAGAUGGACAGCGCCGUGCACUUCUUGCUGUUUCACAUCCUCUCCCAUGCGGGGCAGCACCGCAACACACUCUUUCAGGCGCUGGAGCCGUACAUUCGCAGUACGCUCACGACACUGCUGAGUGCCGAUCGGGCGUCCAGUGCCGGUUUGAUAGGGAGUCAGCAGAAGGCGAACGUCCUCAUGCUGCACGUGAAGCUCGUAGUCCUGCUUGCGAAUGCGCUGGAACCGUCGUACGUCGAGAGUAUUCUCCGCGUGUUUUGUGAGGUGCGGCUGCGCAGCAACCACGAUGCGUUGUCGCUGUGGUAUAUGGCCAAUCUUCUUCUUCGACAGGGGAAAGGAAACGUGGAGCUGCUCCCCACCGACCCUGCAGAGAACAACUACUGCGUCGACUUUCCCAGUUGCGCCCCGAUGUGCAACACAACCGCCGACAACGCACAGCAGCUGCUAAAAAUCAUAGAUCGCUCCCACAGCUUCAGCGACGAAACACGCAAGCUGGUAGGGUGUUGCGUGUGUAAACUGAUUCAGGAUUUUAACGUCCAGGCACCGAACAUUGUCGGGACGUUAUUAACCCCGUUUGGUUUUGUCCCUCUGGGAAUACAACCCCUCAGCGAGUACGCGCUGCCGAUCGGCGCCAGUAGCACAUUCUGGUCCUUCUUCCUGCACCAGAUGAAGUCGUCUGCCCCAGCACGUAUUGCCUUUAUGACGACCCUUGCCAAGUCGAUAUCGCAGCGCUUUCGCAUCGCGGCACCCGCCGAUGCCGUGACUAUUGAUGGAACCGAAGCCACCGGACACCUCUUUGCGGUGAUGAUGUACGAGGCGAUGAAACGUAACCCGCCCCUCACGCGUGUGGUGUUACACACGAUCUCGCAGUGGGUGAAGCAACCACAGCACCCGCCUGGUCGGUUUGCCUGCCUUCUCUACAUUUGUGCGCAGUUGCUGACGGUUGUGGUGCAGCGCGGCACGGGCCGCGAGGCUGUUGAACUGGCGGCUGAGACAAAACAAGACAUGAGCCAGUUCGCAGAUGCCGUGACGAAGGCAACCGCGGUUGUUCGCGGGCAGCUACCACGUCUCGCCCAACUGGGGCCAUUGGUUCGCCAGGAAAAUGCCGCCUUCUACCAACUACUGCACCGCCUGCACCACAAAACAAGGCGACUUGUGGAGGAGGCCACCGGCGAGAGGUGGGACGAGGGCUCGUCCGUCUUCAGCGACGAGAUCGACACCGCAGGGGCGAGCGUGGAGGGGCUCACUGGCGGUGCGUCCGUGGCGGAAGGCGGGCGGGAUGCCUACCUCCUAGACACCCUCCAGCAGCCGGGUGAUAAUAGCGUCUUUGGGGACGACUGCAUGGAAGGCGAUGAAGCCGACUCUCCGGUUCAGCUCUCUGCGCUGCGGCAGGAGAACCAGGCCGUGUAUGACCCACUGCUGCAGGAAGAACAGCGACAACGUCGGUUGGAGGAGGAGGCGGUGCUGCCGCUUGCGCCGAAGGCGCCGUUGUCUUCAAAGAAGGAGCAGAGCACUAUGACCUCGCCGGCCAGCAGCGUCGUGUCGGUGCGGGAGAGACGACCUCGUGAGGUGUCUUUUGUCUCCGUCGACGGCGCGGAGGCCGCCAACGCGGCCUUGGCGGCGGCAGCGGCGGGGCCCCGCGGCGAGCUACCGCUUCCCAUUGUCCGUCCAACGCGGGGCGCGGACGGCGCGAAGCCGGCGGUGGAGGCCCAUGUGCCUCGCGCUUUGGAGUCGCGUGGGGUGCAAACCAGCUAUCAGGAGUGGCAAGGCGGCGGUGGUUCUGGCCUAGUGGAAACGUCGUCCUCCACGCGCGCAGGCGAGGCUGCCCCCACCGCGGAUGCCGGAAAUUCGCAGGAGGAGAGUUGCCGUCAGCUUCGACGCGAGUCGACUGUUGUGAAGAGCAGCAGCGGCAACAAUGACGGCGCCGCCGACUCUUGGCGUGAGCCCGACCUCGACGAGGAGGAGGAGGAACCCAUCGACAACCUGGCCCUGCCGAUACUGCAGGCCUCGACACCUCACGUGGAUGGCGUUGCCGUCCCCUCCGGCCUCGUCCUUGAGUAUUUGGCCACACAUCAGGCUGCUAAAUCUGUUCUUCAUGAAUUGCAGCAGUUUGAAAGGGAGUUACGGACCACACGUGCACAAGCCGCCGAGGCUGUGGCUGCAGGUGCGAAUAACUACGAUGAGCCACACCAGGGUCGCGUCUUUGCGACAGCGGCUCCGUCGCACACGACUAUUCUCCCGGUCACAAUGGAGCGAAGACCAAACAACUACAGUGUUCCACAUGCCACGUAUGCGCCGGCUCCAAGCAAAACUGUCAUGACGCGGCUGACUAUGAUCCAGACCUCCGAGAAGCCGAAGCAGCACGAGGCGCAAUCUGGCUUGCAAGAUGACAAUAAAUCCUCCGUUCACAAGAGGAGACGCGUUGAAGGCGAAUCGAGAGGAGCAGAAUUGAUGGGGAAUGAGGCACAAAAGGCGAUGAUGCAGACUCCAGCAGCCAAACUGGGGACGGGGGUUCAAUUCUUCCUUCAGCAAGGCGUCUCCUCAGUCAUUAAAGAUUUGGGAGGUAUGCAGAAGCAGUUAGAGACGCUGACUUCUGCGAUGACUCCCAACAAGUGCGACACAACGGCUGCGCCGCUCAACCAGACGACUCCGUACGGUCAGGUGGUGAUCCCGGAAUGCUUUGUGGAACAGAAGAAUGACACCGCCAUGCGGGAGAUACGCCAGGUGAUGGGGGCUCACAACCCCAACGACAGUCGUCUGUCUACUGCUGGGCGGCGAAAGAUUCGCGGCAGCGGCGGGCUGAGCACGGGCGAGGCGGAGAACAGCGCGGCAUGGUGGGACGAGAAGAGCUCGGCGCCCAUGCCGAAGUUUGCCGCUGAUCCACAGUACUCAAUGGAGCUUUUCUAG